UGCAGGGAUCAAACCUGGAGAUACCUCUGUGGCUUGCUAAAGGUCUACAUGACAGCAAAAGAAGAAUAAUUUCUGUGGAACUGCCAAAGAUUUACAAGGAAGCCUGGAGGACAGUGUUCAGUGCUGAUGCUAAUGUGGUUGAUCUGCAUAAAAUGGGGCCAUACUACUAUGGAUUUGGCUCCCAGCUCCUGAAUUUUGUCAAUCCAGAGAAUCCUGAGAUAGCUCAGACUAUCCUGCAGACAUUUAUUAGCCGUUUUCGUCGUAUCAUGGACUCCUCUCAGAAUGCCUACAACGAAGACACAUCAGCGCUGGUCGCUCGGCUGGAUGAAUUGGAGCGAGCCUUAUUUCGAGCUGGCCAGAAAGGGCUGAAUGACUUCCAGUGCUGGGAAAAGGGACAGGCUUCUCAAAUCACGGCUUCCAGUCUGGUCCAGAAUUAUGGGAAAAGAAAGUUCACAGAUGUGGAUGGUUAAAAGUCUGAAGAACAUGCAGCUACAGUGGGGCACACUGAGA